UUGGCAGUUCGCCGUCGACCAUUGGUGUCAGCUGCUACGUUCGUCAGAUGGUAAUGUGAAUCGUAGAAUAUCGCAUCGAUCACCGUACCGAAGAAAACGCAUCAAGAUGAGCGGAGGAAUGCCGGAGCUUGGCUCAAAGAUAAGUUUAAUAUCGAAGGCGGAUAUUCGUUACGAGGGUCGCCUAUUUACCGUAGAUCCGCAAGAAUGUACGAUCGCUCUUGCUAAUGUACGUUCCUUUGGAACAGAAGACAGAGAAACUCAACUGCCCGUAGCUCCUCAAAAUCAGGUCUACGAAUAUAUUCUAUUUCGUGGCUCGGACAUAAAAGAUAUUAGAGUUGUUAAUAAUGUUAACUCUAUACCAAAUGAUCCAGCUAUCGUCCAGAUGACUGUACAGCCAUCGAUGGGACAGCAAUCUUAUCAACCGCAACCGACUUAUGCUCAUCCAAUGAUGGGUCAAAUGGGCCCUAUGGGUGGUCAAUAUGGAACUCCUUACGGUAUGACUAUGGGGGCUAUGGGACCAGUAAUGGGCAUGCCGACUACUGCCAGAGAUCCUCGCGGGCCACUGAAUAAACAGCCAAGUGAGUUGAGCUUGGGCCCUGCUGAACCCAAUGCCAUCUCUAUCCCAAACUCACUAUCGACGGCCAAUGUCGACCCAUUACCAAAAGACCAAUCUCUGGAAGAUGGUGUACUGGAUCUUAUUAGCGGAGGAUCGAGAUCAACAACUCCGACAUCUUCAUUAUUGACUAGAAAAAGUCCUACAAUAGAUCAGGGCAUACAAGUAGGACAUCAACAGCAACAGCAGCAACAACAACAACAGCAACAGCAAAGUAGCCUUGGUAAACACGUUGAAAAGCCAAACAUUAGAACCGUUCAACCUCCACGUCGUGAUCACGAAGGACAUGUUGGUGGCAAAACGAGCAAUGCUAUGUCGCAAUAUAACGAUAUGAAGAGAGACGCCAUGAAAUCUGAUGGUCCGAUACAGGGACAAAGUGGACACCCCGGAGGUGGCAGAGGAAAUCGUGGUGGUUGGAUGAAUCGUGGAAAUAUACGUGGCCGAGGUAGAGGACGCGGUGGUUUUAGGGCCAAUCAACCUGGUAAUGCUGGAGCUAAAUCCAAAAACACGCUCAAAUUUGAUAACGAUUACGAUUUCGAACAAGCUAAUACGGAAUUCGAGGAAUUAAGAUCCCAAUUGGCAAAGACCAAAAUCGACGGUGGUACGGAUAACGAGAAGAAAGAUGAUAGCGGUAAUGAAACUGGAGCAGGCGAAGGAGAACCCGAGGAAGAACCGGAAGUUGUUCAUUAUGAUAAAUCUAAAUCAUUCUUUGAUAACAUUAGCUGCGAGGCUGUCGAGAGGAGUAAAGGACGAUUCCAGCGUACGGAUUGGAGGACAGAAAGGAAAUUGAACUCUGAGACGUUCGGCGUGGCUUCGACAAGACGUGGCGGUUUUCGCGGCCGUGGCUACUAUAAUCGUGGUAUGGGAGGAAUGUAUGGGAGAGGUGCUGGCAAUAUCGGUACGUCUGGUUUUCGUGGUGGGUACAGAGGUACUCGAGGCGUCAAUCGCAAGCCCACCAACCAACAACAGAAUAAUAAUCCUGGUAGUCAAGCUCGUGCGACCAACGAACAGUCUACUACUCAGUCGCAGCAGAACAACCGUCUUGUAACUGGAACGGCGUAAAACCUGGAAUAUGCCACACUAUGAACAACGCGCUAUUAAGUAUAAGUAUUCUUUAGAUAAUAAGGCUUUUACGGUAUAUGCUCUGCCCAUACGGACUGAAAAUGAUUUUGGAAAAAUUGGCAAUCUGAUAAAUUUUAGAUUGUCGUUAAAGGAAAUGUUGCGAAGAAUCUCGCGCGUGGGACUCUGCUGGCGCACAGAACUCUCGCAUCUAGACUUUUUUUCGGUGUAAGGGAGACGUUUACUCUACGGGGAAGAAAUGUUUUUUUCUUUUUCCCCUUAGCUUUGGAUAAUGAUCACGAUAUACGCGCGUGCACGCGCACACGACGCACGCACGCACGCACACACAUACACACACGCACGCACACACACGCACAGACACACACACACACACACACACACACACACACACACACACUCUCUCUCUUAUCGAGAAUCGUCCUUUGAUAAUCGUUUAUAUGAUUGAAUGUAGUCUUGUAGUUCGUGUGCGUUCUCGAGAGGAAAUCGUUGCGCUUUUAAUUUUUUUCUUUUCUCUAACAGGCAUCGGAGCAAAUACAGGACACGUUACAUUUGAAUAUGAUCCAUAUGAGACGUUGAAAGCGCAGGCAGGUUUAUAAUAUUGAGAAGAAAUUGACGAAAAAUUACAAGUUCUAGUUUAAAACUUCUCGUUUAUAUUUUAUUUGAAAUGCGAAUUUCUUUCUCUCUAUAAGAUAUUUUUCCUACGACUCUUUCAAGGGGACGUUUCAAGUUUAAUAUGUUUCCCAUAAGCUUCGUAUCGUAAUCAUUAUCACGUCUUUUCGUAUAAGUGUUUAGUAGAUCGAGAUAGGUCAAUAAAGAUGUGGCAGAGAAAAAAUAAAAUGAUAAAAAAAAUUAUACUGGUAAUUAUAUUUGCAUUAGUUAUAAACACCGAUAGGAUAUACUCAGUUUCGGUGAUGCCUCGGAAUAAAAAUAUUCUUAUGAAAAAGAGGAUAGACGUGCGUUUAAUGGCUAUUUCUGGGCUAUGUUGCUUUGUAUUCGUUUGACGGAAGUAUCUUAAGAUAUAGAGAGAAUGCAUGUAUAUAUAAUAUUUAUAAUUAUGUCCUUAAGUGGAUAUGGUUAUAUAUAUAUAUAUAUAUAUAUAUAUAUAUAUAUAUAUAUGUAUGUAUGUAUAUAUAUAUAUAUGUAUGUAUAUAUAUAUAUAUGUAUGUAUAUUCUAUACAUAUAUAUUCUUUUUAUAUCUUUUCGAAGGGUAUACUAGAGAAACUGAGUAUAUUCGUUGGUACUUAUCAAUCGUAAGAGAAUGUGUGACGCUGAGAAUGGAGUUAUUACUAUAGCUAAAUUAUCGCGUGUUUUAUUUUUUGAAUACGCAGACGAAAUUUCGAGAUAACCGACUAGAAGUUUCUACAAUAGAAGGAGAAGAAAAAAAGAAUAAACAAACAAACAAACAAUAUUUAGUUUUAAGCGAAUGGAAGAUUCUUUCGAAGGUAUAAAACUUAUGAUAAUGCGUGAGAGCUCUUUAAAAUGCAAAUAUGUAUAAUCGAUACUGUCCUAUGUACGAAAUCGUCAUCGAACGCGUUCGUAGACGACCGUUAUUCACAUGGUAAAAGAAAGAAAAAAAGACAAACAAGAAUACGACGAAUCGUUUGUACGUUGUACCGUGUGUAAGAGAUCAAUAAGCAGAUGGCGAGCUUAAGGGGAUGAUUAUAAAUUGAAAGUACAAGUCACAUUUAACAGUGAAACGUGCACUAAUCGCAGCGAAGAGACCAAAACGCGAAUCGCUCUGCAUGAAAAAUUGACUUCGGUGCAUAGGGUAAAGAUUUUUUCGACUUUGUGACUGUAUCAGUAAUUAGAAAAGUGGCCUAACAUUUAAUUUUUUAUCAUUUAUUUUGAGUUCCAUCGAUCCAUAUUAUAAAAACAGAAAAACAUGAUAUUUCGGUAAAUAUAUGGCUUUGGUCUCUUUCAUAAUCAUCAUUUCAUUCGACUCUUCCAUUUCAAAGCGGUGUGUGUUUCCAAGAAAAAAAAAAAAGAAAAAAAAAAAAAAGAAAAAAAAAGAAAAAAAAAGAAAAAGAAAAAAAGAAGAAGAAAGAAAAAAGAAACAAAACAAAAUAGGAAAAAUUAAAAAAUAACGACGCGAUAUUCGAGAAAGUACUUACAAUUAGAAUGAACGAAAAAAAAGAAUACUUUAUACUUGUAUGACGCACGUCGAGUCUGCUGCUGACCUUCUCUCAUUCAUAAAACUUCAUUGAGAGACUCCUCGAACAUAAAGAUUGAUAAUGAGAAGGAGGAGAAGGAGGAGGAGGAUGGGGAUGGGGAUGGGCGAAAAUUAUCGAAGAUACAGAAAAAGGAAAACGAAUGUAACCUGUCGCCAGUAGACUAGAUGAUAUAUCGUCAUCAUUAAUUAACAGCAUGGUUUUAUUAUAUUUGUCGUGUGUAUGUGAAAGAUUUGGGGGUAUUGCUAAGGAUAGAGGGAAGGUAGGUAACGUCGUUCUCCUUUUUUUUCUUUUUUGUUUUCUUCUUUUCGAUAGUUUUUACCGACAAAUUUUGCUCUUAUUUUUUCCUCGAUCUGGGUUACAUACAUUUUACAUGUUCAAAAUUUAAGAAUCAAGUGAAAUUCCAUUAAUAUCUCAUUCGAUCGAAGGAACUUUGCGAAUCAUGUAUAUGUAUCGUAUAACUUCGUCUUUACGUAUUUCGAAUAUGGUCCGCGUGACACGAUGCUGCACUUUGACGAUCGUGAAAGUAAUAAAAAAUUAGAAAAAAAGCUGGAUGAUCAAUGCCCCUUAGACGAGGAAAAGGAGUAGGAGAAGAAGGAAGACAAGUCUGAAAAGAAGGAUAACGGUGUAAUAAUGCGGAGAAGACAAAAAGUAUGUGUAUUAUUUGCGACUGUUAUUUUUCUAUGGCUCUUGCCAAGAUCCACGCAUAUAUACAAAUGUAUACAUAACGUAAGCCAAGAUUUAGUUAUACAUACGUUACAUAUAUAUAUAUAUAUAUGUAUAUAUAUAUAUAUAUAUAUAUAUAUAUAUAUAUAUAUAUAUAUAUAUAUAUGACGAUGGUGGUAAUGAUAACAUAUUGAUAAUGAUAAUAAUAAUAAAAUAAUAAUAAUAAUAAUAAUGAUGAUAAUAAAAAAAAAUAAAAAAAAUAAACCUUCAUAGUCUAUCGGCGAUGCGGCCAAACGAAGUAUAAAGAGAAUAAUAAAAACAGAAAAAAAACACAAAUCAAGUGUAUAUUAAACGUAGGCAGAUAAGAAGAAAAAAAGUAUAUGUUUUAAGUUUCUUGCAUUAUGCAUGGGGAGAAUAUUAUUACACGAUGUACGCGAUUUUCCAACGAUAAGUUUUUGUUUUGUACAGCGGAUAUUGUGAAUCCCGAUGCUAUGAAUAAUACUGAAAUAAUGAAAUAAUACGCGGUGUAUGAUCUUUGUAA